CAAUAUGGCGGCUGCUAGUUUACCUCAGACACAUCAUAAAGUGCCCGGAUAUUCCAUAUUAUGCUCAUUCUACAGUACUAACAUGCUUGUCAUGUCACAGUAAAUAUUUGUGUUGUACUUAGCACACAACUUAAAUGUUUUUUAGGAAAUCCUCCCGUGAUUUGUAGGUCAUUAUUUGACUUGCUGUCAUGUUUUUUUUUUGUUGCUAAAGAGUGGACUUUAAUCUCACCGUCGUCGUUAAACUCCUUGGACUCGCUGUAAUUGACAGCCUUUAUCUUCCUGGUCCGCAAGAAAUGAUUUGGGUCAAUCUAUCACUAACCAAAUGGUGGCCUACUGCAGGACGCCCACCAGAGGGCAGCACCGCUCUGAAGCGCCAGGCUCUCGGUUCACAGAGGCGCUUGGUGGCCUUGUGCAAAGCUGCAUGCUGUCUGUGCAGAAACACAGCAGCGGACUGCUAUCAUUUUCACCACAAGAGGCUGAAAGCAAACAGGUCUCCCAUGUCAGCUAACCCCUACCCUCCCGGAGGAAGACACAAAGAAAAUCGAGACGCUCUCCAUAAUAAAAGCAGAAAGGAGUCUGAACUGAUCGAUGGGAAACUAACAAAUAGAAUUACACUCAUCAAGAAAGCUAAGAAAGCAAGACAAUGGAUGGCAUCGACAGAAUAUCGUAGCACUUACUUGGGGGUAUCUCAGUCCGAUAUAGAUAUCAGAAUCUGAUUUGUUGGCCGAGUAUGUUUAACAAAUAAGGAAUUAGACUUGGUAGACUGUGCUCUCUUUGUUCGAUGCAAAAAUCAAAUAUAAACGCAACUACUACAAGAGCAUAUAUCGGUCCAAUAUCAGCACAAAACAUGCAUCAAAUGAUUUUGGCUUAAUCUAAAAUCUCCGAUAUUAUCUGCGAUACAAGCAGUGCUGCAGCAUGUUGUGCAAAGCUGGACAGCCAGUUAACAUCUAAAUGUCCUCCAAUAAGCACACAAAGUUGGUCUUUUUUCUAUUUUAGUCAAGUCAUUUACAAAAGGUAAACAUGGUAGGCUCUAGGCUAUGAGGAGCUAGCAGCUACACAACAGCUAAGCACACAAUAGCACACAAGCUAGAUGCGUAAUAAUGUAAGUGACUUUCACUGAACAUUAUUGCAGUCUUAAACAGCUCAUUUUUCAAUGUAGGCAAUUAUGUUGUAAUGAGAAAAUAGAAAUAUGUGAUGUAUCAUAUUGUACAUGUUUGCAUGUUCGCAAUAAACAACAUCAACUUUAAGUUUGCGCGGCCACAUUGGCUGGCAUCAGUUACAGAUGCUUGUUAAAGAAAAUUGAUAUUUGAGCUUUUUCUGUUAUGACUGAUAAAGUUAUUGGCAUACUUUAUCAUGAUAUAUAUUUUAUAAAAAACAAAUUUUGUCUUCAGAAUAUGCCAAAAGCUGCGAACGAAAACACUUUGGACAUGCUUGGUGUAGUCCUUCAUUUCACAUAUAAUUGUAUAUCGAUAAUUUGCAUAAUAAUUAGAAUAGGAUGAAGGUGUGUUCAUUUAAACCCACAUCUAAUGUUAACAAACAGUAUGAAGAUGUGGCUCACUGCUGCCCCCUGUGGAACAACCCGGCACCACAAGGCACCAGGGGAAACUCUCGCCCUGAUAGUGUGUGUCUUGCCUGGCGAGGGUGUGAAGGUGCAGCACCCCCAUCGUCCCCAUCAGAACUGUCUCUCCUGGGCUCCUGGACCCCUCUUCUUCCCCUCUCCUCCUCCUCCCUUCUUCCACUCGUGACUCAGUUUUUAGUGGGGUGGUGCAGUGGGGGGUGCUGCUGCAGUCACAGUGAUGUCAUUCGGAAGGAUGACAGCGUCAGCACGGCCAAGGUGAGCUCCCUCUGCGGUGUCCCUCCACUCGGCCGGCCGGCAAACGAGGCGGCCAAAGAUGCUCGUCGCCACCUGCACCACUUCAAGCUCGGACGCGCUCCCUCCCUUCCGGACCCCGGGCCAUGGGGCCCUGAGUUGCCUUCCCCCCCGCCAAUGUCACAGGGCGAGAAGUAGGACGAGGUGCGUUUUUAGGGCAGGUGACCGCUUGCCCCCCCGUGUCGGACUGCGCAAAGGCGCCUCUGCAGCAUGACGAGCGGGGCCAGGACGCUGCCGGCCACGCUUCUUCUCUGGACAUGUCUCUGGGGGGUAGUCGCCCCGAGCAGGACUAAUGGCACCGACUUGGAGCGGCGCUGGGAGACCUUGUUCUCCCGCUCCUACCUCGGCCUACCUGGAGGGCGGGCGCAGCUGAGCUGGCAGAGCGACUACCUGCAGGGCAUCAAGCGGGUGCGCCGCCUCUACUGCAACGUGGGCAUCGGCUUCCACCUGCAGGUGCUGCCGGACGGAAGCAUCGGCGGCGCGCACCUGGAGGACCCGUACAGUCUCAUCCAGAUCUCCAGCGUGGACCGAGGAGUGGUCAGCUUGUUGGGCGUGAAGACAGAACUCUUUGUGGCCAUGAGCCGCAGGGGGAGGCUCUAUGGGACGAGGCUCUUUGGCGCUGAGUGCAAGUUCAAAGAGACGCUGUUGGCCAACAACUACAACGCCUACGAGUCGUUUGUUUACAAGGGCUUCUACAUGGCCCUCAGCAGGCACGGCCGGCCGCGGCGAGGCGACAAGGCCACCACCGCCUCCACCGCCACGCACUUCCUCCCUCGGCUGUGACGCCACCGUUUGCACAUGUGGACUCUUUCUUUCCUCCAGGUAACACGCCGUAUAGACGCCAAUGUGACGAGGGGAUUAUAGGGGCACAAAUACAUAAAUAUAUGUAUAUUUAGAGAGCCAUCUUUGUACCUUACUGUGCUGCUUGUUGGGCCUUCGCCGCUCUCACUCGGUGCUCGCUCCACUUUGCCGUGUGGACAAAAGUAUUUGGACACAUUUUCCUCCUGAUACUUUUGUCCACAGAGUGUGGGUGUUGACAUGGAAGAAAUGCAACAGUAAAAUGUCUUGAAUUACCUCAAAGCAGCGACUUACUAGAUGAAGGAUGCAUGAUGAGUGAGUGUGAGCGCGUGACUUCAAUGCACUACUUAGAGGUGCCUUGUAAGAGACUAGCAUGUAAGAGACACCCGGCACAGUCAAAAAUAGAAAUGACGUUCCAGAGCCUGGGCCUCAAGCAAGGGGGGGUUGAAAAGAUCUCUGCUUCUUUGCUUUAAUUGGAAGGAUUAAGUCAUUUAUGGGGGAGAGCACAAGAAGAGUAAGACCUCCGUAGAGCUUCUAUAUCGGCAAAGAUCAAACGUGAGCUGUAGAAAUAUUGCUUAAACGUGCUAUUUAAAAAUACAACUGCAAAUACUGCAACCACUAAAGGCUUGAAAGGGACACAUGUCACUGAAGAAGGAAGGGUGACCUUUGACCUCCAGGGUGUAUGAAUUAGGGAUGGGUACCGAAUUCUAUACUUUUAUCCGGUCCGAUUUACGUAAAAAAAACAGUACCAUAUUUCAAUACCACGUCUGGUUGCAGAGUCACCAAUUUAAACACUUUCGAGCGUACUACGCCUCUCGGUAAUGUUACAAUUUUUCAUGUCAACAAAGCAAAAAGAAAGUUCUUGAAAGUACAGUUAAGACUCCACUUGUCAGAAUGUGCUAGCUCGAUACUAAUUUACAUUGGAUAUGCCUUAUACAUGCUACCGAUUAGCAUUAGCGAUUUUACAUGGUGAUUUCAACACCUUCAAAUUUAGUAAUGAAAACUAGAACUAAGAUGCACGUUACAAUCGAACAGCUCGUGCGUAAUAAGUAAAAUACUUAACAGUUUGUGCACUUUGUAGGACUCAAUAAAAGACAAUAGUGGCACAUUCAACUUGUUGGCAAAGACUACUUCUUGACUACGGCAACACACCAAGGACAAAUUUAAAUGAAUGCAUACUCUCAAAUGAGACUCCGAAGUGUAAGAAAACAGGAUAUAACAUAUAUGGACAUCACAGUUAUUAUCAGUUCACUGUUUAAUGAAAAAAUAUAGCUUUUAUUAUUAAACAAUUAAUAUUUACUAACACAGGAACAAACAGAAAAGUACGGAAAAUUAGUAUCGUCGAGUACCCAGGGAUCGGAACCGUAUCGGUUCAAUGUGUAAGGUAGCCAUUUCUGAUGAUGGGUGGUUUGUAGAAUGCAGCAAAUGAUGUCCUUCCAUUGUGCUUGUUAGAAAGGUAAGAAAAUACAAUAUACAUAUUUCUUUUUCACCGUCUUCAUCAAGCGUAAGAAAAUCAAAACAUUUGAGAAUGGAAAAAAAAAAUGUGGCGAAGUGGGUGCAGCACGUUAACUUUUUCAACCUCACUCCAUCCGCUCUUACUUCCUGCCGGCGGCCACCACCAGGAUGUUCUAUCCAUCAUCGAUCAGAACAUAAAUGCUGUCAAAAUCCAGAUUAUGAAGUAAUGUCCCAUAUUUCAUCAUCCAUGUCCUGUCCUUCUGCCGUCUAAGCCUCAAAGCCGCGGAACGUCAAAAGACAAAAUGAUGCAUGAUGAGAGCACUUCUCUUGUGGAACUGCACCUUCUGCUUCUUGAUUGUAUCAAAAUAAACAAAAGUCAUCAACAAAACAACGGGGAGCAGCUUUCAGCCUCGACCAAAAACGGACUGAUGGAGUUUUUUUGUUUUGUUUGUUUGUUUUUUUAAAAAGAUUAUCAAACUUAAUGUACUGCUGCAUGAGCCCAAAUGAGCGCUGUCACCUCCUGCCUUAUCGUUUGUGCUGCAAAGUCAACAUCUUUAUUUUUGUACAUAUGUGCUGUGCACAGCCGUCCACUGUAUUCCUGACAAACCAAUAAAGUUUUUAAUAACUCGCCGCUGACCUGGUUUGGGACUCAGCUGACUGACACACACUCUUACUAUAUUUGAAAUCAUAUUCAUCAUGUCAAUUGACACCUGAUAUGAUGUACGUACAUUACUAUUAUAAAUGUUUGCCUUUAGUUAGAUAUUACAUACAAUAAAAUAUAUUUACAUAUACUAAGUAGGUAACUAUGGAUUUAUGGAUACAGUACAUAGACGAUUCCUAUCUUUGUCAAAUCACAUUA